AUGUCCAGCGAUGAUAUCGAGAAAUGUGUCAUCCUCGAUGCAAAAGGAUGGCGACCACGGCCACCGCUAAGACGCAGGCGUCGGGCUCUCGCAUUGCAAUUGCUGAUGAUAUUGAUUGGUCUGUGUAUAUGUUACGACUUUGUCCUUGGGCCCGUGAGCCUUACAUCACCGCAUAAGGCCAGCGACGGUGGGAUUCAUGCUCAAAACUCGCCGCUGACAGAGAGACUGGACUGUGUGGAAGAGACAGACGCGUCUAUAAACCCCGAAGCGACGGUGCUUGAGUCUCCGGAGCCAGAGUUACAGCCCAAAGAUACUGUAAUCGUCGCUGAUGCCUUACUUGACGAAAAGCCAACUGCGCAAAAGACAGACUAUGUACCAGCGCCUCGAAUUGACUUGAGCAUGUCGCUCGAUCGAAUGAUUGCCCUCCUCCCGGACGAAAUGCGCAUUCAAAGCCUCCUACGGCCUCUCGAGGCGACCGGCGGGGAGCGACUGCGUGAUCUGGGCCUGCGAACACGCGAUUUCUGGGCUUUGUUCGAGGCGUGGGAAACCGUGCAUCUGGUGCCAGCCGACGAUGGCCUGUACAUCCGCGACGACGUUAUCCAGUACCUGCGACGACAUCCUGAGAUGGCAGAGAGCAUGGUGAGGAACACAACGGACAUUAUCCGCUCCUAUGAGUCAUAUCGCUCGCUCAUUACCCGACUGUCAACGCUGCUCUUUCCGUGGACUGCGCCGCAUUUCCCGGACCAUAUUCAUCUCCAUGCACAGAUCCAUAGCGGCGGCCGGGGGCUGGUCUUUUCGGCCGGAGACAACCAAGCACCUUUUCUGCUCGCUUCGAUUCCAGCUAUCCGCCAGUUGGGAUGCGACCUGCCGAUCGAAGUCAUGUAUCUGGGCGACCACGACCUGAGCCAGGAUAUGCGUGAGAAGUUGGAAGCGCUACCCGGUGUUACCACACGAGAUCUGAGACAGAUGGUGGACGACAAUGGGUGGAAAUUGGCUGGAUGGGCCGGGAAACCGUUUGCGAUUCUAUUUUCGAGUUUUCGGGAAGCGAUCUUCAUCGAUGCCGAUUCGCUUUUCCUGCAGAACCCGGAGAUGUUGUUUGAAGACGAGGCCUAUCGAAAGACUGGGGCCUUGUUCUUCAAAGACCGCCUCAUGAUGCCCGAGUCUAAGAAACGAUGGCUCCAAGAGAUCCUCCCAGGACCAGUGUCCAACAAGGUCAUGGGGAGUCGAUUCUGGACGGGCCAGAGUGGCCAUAUGCAGGAAUCAGGCGUGGUUGUUGUGGACAAAUGGCGACAUUUUAUCGCGCUGCUUCUGGUGACGCGGAUGAAUGGGCCUGACCGGGACGGCGACAAGUCGAAGCACAAGACGGGCGUGUAUGAUAUGGUUUACGGCGACAAAGAGACCUUUUGGCUGGGAUGGGAGCUGAUCGGGGACCUGGACUAUGCGUUCCAUGACGGAGAUGCAGGAGUGAUGGGCACUCUGGAGAAGACGCCAACGGUCAAAGGUCAAGCGGCACAAGCAGCACUGGCAAAGACCAACGCUACGGACGAGGCAACGACGACUGCCCCAGAGAUGUACACCAUCUGUGCUCCCCAGCUACUUCAUCUUGACCGCAGUGGUCGACCUUUGUGGUUCAACGGCUGGCUUCUCCCAAAUAAGUUCGACAAAGGCAAGAAUCGAGAACCGAGUCGAUUCGAGGCCUUCUUAAGGGAACCCCGAGAGAUUCGCGACCCGGGCGCCUGGCAGUUGCGGGGGAAUAACAUCUGCUGCCUCACCUCGGAACAUAAGGGAGAGUUCCGUCGGGAUGAGAGACAGGCUCUUGAUAUGAUCAUUGAGUCAGGACGGCGUGCCGGUGUGUUGGGGACCAAGGUCUAA